AUGGUUGCUAUCACUCUCCCUGAUAACUACGGCGCCGUCAUUGGCGUCGCCCUUGGCGCGAUCCCUGUCCUAGGCUUCAUUCACGGCAACAUUACUGGCUCUCUCCGUAAGCAGGCCAAGGUGCCUUACCCGCACUCUUACGCCUCUAUCGAGCAAUGCAAGGAAAAUGCCAAGGCUGAGCAGUUCAACUGCGCCCAGCGCGCCCACGCCAACUUCUUGGAGAACUCCUCGCAGACUAUGCUUUUCACCCUCAUUGCUGGUCUGAAGUACCCCGAGCUCGCCGCCGGUAUUGGUGGUCUGUGGGUUCUCUUCCGUACUCUGUUCAUGUACGGAUACGUGUACUCUGGCAAGCCCCAAGGCAAGGGCCGCAUGAUUGGCGCUUUCUUCUGGCUGGCACAGGGUGCUCUUUGGGGCCUGAGUGUGUUCGGUGUUGGCCGUGACUUGCUCUCAAUCUAA